UGAUUGUGAUUGUUGUAUGUUGUGUUCUAAAGGUUUUUCUAUUGUUGUUAGAAGGCAUCAUUGUAGAGCUUGUGGAAGGGUUCUUUGCAGUUCUUGUUGUUCCAAUAAACGUUCAUUAGCUUAUGAUGACAAUCCUUCAAAUAAACACAGAGUUUGUACUCCUUGUAAUCGAACACUUGAUAGAAUUGAGGAAUACGAAAAAAGAUUAAAUGAAAAUUUAGAAGAGGAAAUUGAUGGGCCUUCAACUUCUAAUGCCUUUCCAUCAACUAACCAAUUAAAUUCUAGCAAUGAUGACCAAAAUAAAAAAUUAGAACAAGAAAAUUUAAUAAAUAAAAAUCCAAAGAAAUCACUUUUGAAGCCUCCAAGACGGGAUUCUAUUGAUAUUUUAAAUAAAAAUAAAGAGGAAAAGGAAGUUGAAAUAAACAAUAAUGAAGACAAAGAAGAAGAGGAAGGAGGGGAAGUUUUGGAAGAAGAAGGAAAAAAUAAAAAAGAAAAUUUAAAUGAAGAAUGCUCAAAACUACCAACUACAUCAACGAGUAAAUUAAUUGAAGAGGAAGAAAAUAGUACAAAUAAAAAAAGUGUAAAAUUCCGUGAUGGAGUACAUCCUGGACAGGGAGUUGAAACUUCUUCUAAAAGAAGAAAAAUCAUUAAACCUUAUGGAAAAGACAAAGAUCAGAAUUUAAAACAACCAACAACAGAAAGUUCUGAAGAGAAAAACAAAAAUCAGAAUAACCCCUAUUCUUGGUUAAUUAAUAAAGAAUCUAAAAAUUCUGAUUCUGAAUCUAAUAAUUCUUCUAAAAUACAAGAAAAUGAAGAAAAUUGUUCAUUAAAUAAUGAAUCUUCUUCCCCCUUCUCAACUUCUUCUGAAAAUCAACAAAGUAAUUCUUUACCUGAAAAUGAAGUUGUUGGGUUGGAAAAUAAAGUUUAUAAAAGGCCAAAAAGAAUUUCUAGUCGAACAAAGGAACGGAAAUUGUUGGAUGAACAGACAAGUCUUCUACACAUUAAUCAUUGGCGUGUUUGUGUAGUAACUUCUAUCGCUGAAGAUAUGUCAUUUCAAAAAAUGGAUAAAGUAAUUGAUAAUUUAUUAAAAGAAGAUGAAGAGGAAGGAAAUGAGGAGGGAAACACUAACAACAAUAAUAAUUUGUGUGUUGUUAUUGCAUUGAGACGGAAUUUCCAUGUCAAAAUUCAAUUACUAAAAAAUUUUAAAAUUAAUCAACAGGAAAUUGAAAUUCUCAAUUUUACAACGUAUGGAAUGACAACUUUGGGUGUUGAUGAAUUAAUGCUUGUAAUUGAAUUUAAAAGGGACAGAUUUUCUGUUCAAGAACAAUUAGAAUCAGCAUUUUUCAAUGUUUUGGAACAAUUUGAACAAAUAUAUCUUGAUUGUUUAAAUUCUUUUGAUGAUUUAUUGGAUCACCGGAUGGGGAUUAGAAAGUUGCAUUUAAAUAAAUUAAAUUGCCCCAAAGGCCCCUUCCUUUUGGGAGUUUUGGUACGUGAAGAAGAAAUAGCUUGGGCAAGAUGUGCGCCUUUAAGGUUAUUAUUGCGGUUGGGACAAUUUAGUUUUCAAUAUCCAACUCCAAUUGUUAAUAUUAUUCGUGAUCAACCCUUAUUUACCAAAGAUGUUGUCCAAUCUAGUGUUUUGAAAGUUUUGAAUGAUUUUCGUGGCUGGACAUACCAAAUGACUAAACUUUUUGAUACUUCAAUAAUUGUUAAAAAUAAUUUAACAGAAAUAUUUUUACCUAAAUUUGCUCGGGAUGAGAUUCGAACUUUGGUUGAAAGUAAUCGAAAUAUGGUUGCUUGGUCUUUAAAUGAAUUGUCUUUUUUGAAUCAGCAAUUUGAGAUUGAUUCUCAUUUAAUUUGUGAACAAAAAAAUUGUGAAGAUGGGCAACAACAACCACAACAUUUUUGUACAACAAUAUUUAUGAAAGAACCAAAUAUGGCAAUUAAAGCAACAAGUGCUUCUUUUGUUAUUUUUGAUGGGGCCCUUAAAUGUGUUGGAGGAGAAAAAUUUGUUGUAAAUGUUGUGGAGGAUGGAUUAAUUAUUAGAUUACAAUCUGAAUUGAUGGAGGAAUUGGUAAAAAUCUUAUUAAAUAGUACCGAUGAAGACAAUGCUACAUUUGAGGCUGUUAAUUUAAUCCAAAUUGAGGGAGAAGAAGAAAAACAACAAAAAUUAAUUAUUCAAUAUAUUGAGGGAAUAGAACAACAACAGCAACAAAUAAUUAAUAAUUCUGAUUUUAAUUUUGGUGCUUUAAUUUCUCCAAUUGAUGGAUUACAUUUGGGUGGACAAUUUCAAUAUGGACUUCAAUUACAACGACAAUUUAAUUCAAUUAAUUUUUUCCAAUAUUCAACUGAAUGGGCUAUUAGAUUAGCUACUGUAAUUAAUAUGUUACCCGGUAAAUGGCCGAGUGCUUUACAACCAAGAUUUUUCGAUGCUUGUGAACAAUUAGCUAAAUUGGUUGCAAUUACUUUGGAACCUUUUUUGCCUGGAUUAAUUGCUUUGGAUCAACUUUUUAUUGCAAUGAGAAUACAUGUAGACGAAGAAAAUGUUAGUUAUGAAACUAAACAUUGGGAUGUUAUGCCUGAUCAACAUUUUGUUUGGACUGUAACACUUGAUGAACAGAUAAUUCCAUUCCUCUAUUCAUUAUGUGCUUGGGUCCCUAGCAGUUUGCGUGUUGAAUUACAUAUGCCAAUACUUUCAAUUCGAUCACUUCCCUCGACUUCAAUUGAUUUAGUUGAAUUAAAUAAAAGAUAUUGA